UACAUGUAGCCGUCCACCCAAUAAUGUUUUGUUUUAGUUUCGCUGGAAUUUUCUUCUUUGCUGGUCGCGACUGUAUUUAGAGCGCGCUUUCGAUUCCUUGAAGAAAGACAGAGACGUAGAUCGAGGAGACGAUCCGUAUAUUCUUUUCACUGGUGACCUAGUCUUCGCCGCUUUUGCUCGGUGUCUUCUGCGCUCGAAUAUGCUUCCUCUUUCUCUACUCAAGACAGCCCAAGGGCACCCCAUGUUAGUAGAACUGAAAAAUGGAGAGACAUACAAUGGACAUUUGGUCAAUUGUGAUACCUGGAUGAACAUUCAUCUCCGUGAAGUCAUCUGUACCUCAAAGGAUGGAGAUAGAUUUUGGCGAAUGCCUGAAUGCUAUAUUCGUGGGAAUACAAUCAAAUAUCUUCGAGUUCCUGAUGAGGUGAUUGAUAAAGUUCAAGAAGAAACCAAGAGUCGUGCAGAUCGAAAGCCACCUGGCGUAGGGCGUGGCAGAGGAAGAGGCAGAGAGGAAGGUCCUGGUGGAAGGCCAGCAAAAGGAAUUGGCCGUGGUCUAGAUGAUGGAGGCUCUAAGGGUGCAGGUGGAAGAGGCAGAGGUGGAUCUGGAAAGAACAGUGGAACCAGAGGUGGAGGGCGAGGCCGCGGUUGAUAAUCGAUGCCAACUUGGGCGGAUAUGUUAAAUUUUUUUAGGCAUCUUGAGCCCAAGUCAAAGGUGAAAAUUUUUUGUUGAAGGUUAGUACUGUAAUUGGCUGGUUCGGUGGAUUUUAGUUCUAAGUUAGUGCCAUCAUUGAACUGUGACCGAAGAGCAUAGCUGAUGAUUUGUCAUUUUAUCAACUUUCUAUAAUUUUCCUUUCUAAAGUGUUGGGGUUGAAGAUUGUGUGAAAAUAUAUCUGGCCCCUUCUCUGGGUUUUAAAUGAAGAAAGAUUAUAUUAUAUAUGUCAGUUGUGAUUUGAUUGUUCGAA